GUGGUUGCAUUUCCUACAGAAACAGUUUAUGGACUAGCAGCAAAUGCUCUUGAUGCUGCUGCAGUUCAAGGCAUUUUUUCAGCAAAGCAACGACCAAGUGAUAAUCCUCUAAUUGUGCAUGUAUCUUCUAUCCAAAUGCUCGAAUCGCUGUUACCACCAUCACUCCCACAUCUACCCAGCAUCUAUGUUGCUCUUAUUAACAAAUUCUGGCCUGGUCCACUCACGAUCCUUUUACCAAAAGGUCCACAUAUUCCCAACCUUGUCACUGCUAGUCACGAUACUGUUGCUGUUCGUAUGCCGUCGCAUCCUGUUGCACUCGGAUUGAUUGCCCAGUGUGGAUUUCCUCUUGCUGCUCCAUCGGCCAAUACAAGCGGAAGACCUUCGCCUACUCUUGCAGAGCAUGUUUUUGCUGACCUCCAUUCUCGUAUUCCAAUGAUCGUCGAUGGUGGAAUGUGUCGUUCUGGACUCGAAAGCACAGUGGUUGAUGCUUUACGCAAUCCACCUGCAAUCCUUCGUCCAGGUGGUAUCACAUUUGAACAGAUUCGUCUGAUUGCUGGGUUUGAAAACGUUACGAUUUAUAACACGCAUUUUGUGGAUAAGGGGUUGGAAGAGGCUCCUACUACUCCUGGAAUGAAGUAUCGCCACUAUACUCCAAAUGCAGAGGUGGUUUUGAUAGAGAUUGGUGCAAAUGCUAUUAAACUUGACGAAACCAAUUGUGUGGAUCCGGAGUGUACUCGGGUUGGUGUUUUACGGGCUGGAAGUACUAUAGAUAAAUAUGACGUCUGUAAAGAGGCUGUUGAGAUACACCUUGGAGCUACUGCCGAGGAGAUUGCACGGAAUCUGUUUAAAGGACUACGCGAUCUUGAACAGCAUUAUUGUGCAUGUAUCAUUGUCGAAGGAAUUCCAGAUGUGGGUCAUGGGCUGGCUGUUAUGAAUCGAAUUCGGAAAGCAAGCACACACAUCAUUCAACCC